GUCCAGAUUCCGGUGACAGUGAACGCACCAUCACACUCCCGAUUCUCCAUCUUCCUCCAACCGGGCAAGGGACCAACCUGCGUCUUGCACCCACCGUAACAUUCCCCUCUUACAAACACUCAACAAGAUUUUAAAGGACCACAAUCAUGACGGACUCCAAAUAUUUCACAACAAACAAAAAAGGGGAGAUCUUUGAACUGAAGGCAGAGCUGAACAAUGAGAAGAAGGAGAAGAGAAAAGAGGCAGUAAAGAAGGUCAUCGCUGCCAUGACUGUUGGGAAGGAUGUCAGUUCUUUGUUCCCAGAUGUGGUGAACUGCAUGCAGACCGACAACCUGGAGCUGAAGAAGCUGGUGUACCUCUACCUGAUGAACUAUGCCAAGAGCCAGCCGGACAUGGCCAUCAUGGCCGUCAACAGCUUCGUCAAGGACUGUGAGGACCCCAACCCUCUGAUCCGCGCUCUGGCCGUCCGCACCAUGGGCUGCAUCCGUGUGGACAAGAUCACCGAGUAUCUGUGUGAGCCGCUCAGGAAGUGCCUGAAGGACGAGGACCCGUACGUGAGGAAGACGGCGGCCGUCUGCGUGGCCAAACUGCAUGACAUCAACGCCCAGAUGGUGGAGGACCAGGGCUUCCUGGACUCCCUGAGGGACCUCAUCGCAGACUCAAAUCCCAUGGUGGUGGCCAAUGCAGUGGCUGCCCUGUCUGAGAUCAGCGAGUCUCACCCCAACAGCAACCUGCUGGACCUGAACCCUCAGAACAUCAACAAGCUGCUGACCGCGCUCAACGAGUGCACCGAGUGGGGACAGAUCUUCAUCCUCGACUGCCUGUCCAACUACAACCCCAAGGACGAGCGCGAGGCCCAAAGCAUCUGUGAGCGUGUCACCCCCCGGCUGUCUCAUGCCAACUCAGCCGUGGUGCUGUCGGCUGUGAAGGUGCUGAUGAAGUUCUUGGAGCUGCUGCCCAAAGACUCGGAUUACUACAACACGCUGCUGAAGAAGCUGUCCCCCCCGCUGGUCACCCUGCUGUCCGGAGAGCCGGAGGUCCAGUACGUGGCUCUGAGGAACAUCAACCUCAUCGUCCAGAAAAGGCCUGAGAUCCUGAAGCAGGAGAUCAAGGUUUUCUUUGUGAAGUACAACGACCCCAUCUAUGUGAAGCUGGAGAAACUGGACAUCAUGAUCCGCCUGGCCUCCCAGGCCAACAUUGCCCAGGUGCUGGCCGAGCUGAAGGAAUAUGCCACAGAGGUCGAUGUCGACUUUGUGCGCAAGGCGGUCCGAGCCAUCGGACGCUGUGCCAUCAAAGUGGAGCAAUCAGCAGAGCGCUGUGUCAGCACUCUGCUGGACCUGAUCCAGACCAAAGUCAACUACGUGGUCCAGGAGGCCAUCGUGGUCAUCAGGGACAUCUUCCGCAAGUACCCCAACAAGUAUGAGAGCAUCAUUGCCACGCUGUGUGAGAACCUCGACUCUCUGGAUGAGCCCGACGCUCGCGCUGCGAUGAUCUGGAUCGUAGGCGAGUACGCCGAGAGGAUCGACAACGCUGACGAGCUGCUGGAGAGCUUCCUGGAGGGCUUCCACGACGAGAGCACCCAGGUCCAGCUCACUCUGCUGACUGCCAUCGUGAAGCUGUUCCUGAAGAAGCCGUCAGAGACUCAGGAGCUGGUGCAGCAGGUCCUCAGCCUGGCCACUCAGGACUCUGAUAACCCCGACCUGCGUGACCGAGGCUACAUCUACUGGCGCCUGCUGUCCACCGACCCUGUGACCGCGAAGGAGGUGGUGCUGUCGGAGAAGCCUCUGAUCUCCGAGGAGACGGACCUGAUCGAGCCGACCCUCCUCGACGAGCUCAUCUGCCACAUCGGAUCCCUGGCCUCCGUCUACCACAAGCCCCCCAGUGCCUUCGUGGAGGGAAGCCACGGCGUCCACAGGAAACACCUCCCUGUGCAGAACAGCAGCGGUGCUGCUGUAUUCUCCUCCGGCAGCAUUGAGACAGGCGAGAGCCCGGUCAGCGGGGGUCCGGCUGCGGCCAUGGAGCAGCCGAGUGUGAUCCCCAGCCAGGGGGACCUGCUGGGGGACCUGCUCAACCUGGACCUGGGCCCUCCGGUCAACGUGCCCCAGGUCUCCUCCAUGCAGAUGGGCGCCGUGGAUCUCCUGGGAGGAGGCCUCGACAGUUUGCUGGGGGGAGACCUGGGCGGAGGUGUUGGGGGAAGUCCAGCAGUGGGACAGAACUUCAUCCCCUCAUCUGUCCCCAGUACUUUUGCUCCGUCACCUACUCCCGCUCCUCAAGCCGUCAGCAGCGGCCUCAACGACUUGUUUGAGCUUUCCACCGGCAUGGCCAACACCACCGGAGGAUUCAUCUCCCCAAAAGUAAUUUGGCUGCCGGCAGUGAAAGCAAAGGGUCUGGAGAUCUCGGGAACUUUCUCUCGCCGCCAGGGUCACAUGUACAUGGACAUGACCUUCACCAACAAAGCCCUGCAGCACAUGACCGACUUCGCUGUCCAGUUCAACAAGAACAGUUUCGGGAUGAUUCCUACCAGUCCGCUGCCAGUUCACACUCCACUGAUGCCCAGCCAGACUAUCGAGGUCUCUUUGCCCAUCAACACCAUUGGCCCGGUCAUGAAGAUGGACCCACUCAAUAAUCUGCAGGUGGCUGUGAAGAACAGCAUCGAUGUCUUCUACUUCAGCGUACUCAUCCCUCUCAACAUAUUCUUCGUUGAGGACGGAAAAAUGGAGCGACAGGUGUUCCUGGCGACCUGGAAAGACAUCCCCAACGAGAACGAGCUACAGUACCAGAUAAAGGAGUGCCAUCUUAAUGCAGACUCAGUUUCAGGGAAGCUGCAGAAUAAUAACAUCUUCACCAUCGCCAAGAGAAACGUAGAAGGCCAGGACAUGCUGUACCAGUCUCUGAAGCUCACCAACGGCAUCUGGAUCCUGGCCGAGCUCCGCAUUCAGCCCGGAAACCCUAACUACACGCUGUCUCUGAAGUGUCGGGCCCCGGAGGUUUCUCAGUACGUGUACCUGACGUACGACUCUGUGCUGAAGAGCUAAUUUAGCUCCAACUCUUGACAACUCUGCUUCGUAUUUACAACAAUCUGCAGUGUUUUAUCAUUUUCUGCCAUAUGCAGCUAACUGCCAAAGCAAAGGGCUCUAAACAGUGAUAGAACGUCAUUUGGAUUAUUAGUUGUAUUCUUCCUCUGAGAAAUCAACUAGGCACAUUUCAAUGAGAAACCAUAUGGUGGUUUAUGUUGUCCUGAAGUCAAACACUGUUUACGUCUCUUUGCUUUGGCAGUUUGAAAAGCAUUAUUGAAUCUUCUUCUUCAGCUCCCCAUUUCUAUGUUUACCUCCCAGUGAAAACACGUCUACCAUUCCAUCCUUAAUUGAGUUUCUUAAUGUUGUGAAGAUGUGACUGAUGGUUAACUGCCAUGAGUGGAAAUACUAAUCUCCCCAGAUUCUAUGAAGCCAAUUAUCUUUUAUUUUGCACGCUGUAUGGCUCACAUUCCUUUUGAUUCUUUUAUAUUGCUUCGGUUGCACCUACAGAAUGAUAAGUGUUGUUCCUUUUGCCAUUAAUGUGUAUGAAGAGUGGAAAGCAUCAAUGUGAUCUUACAAUAACUUCUGCAGACAUGCUUAAUUAACAAAACAUACAUCACAUUACGCAGCAUAUGUACCUCUGUUCUCAGUCUAGCAUUGGUUUAGAUGUCUCACUCGUGCUACUCUGAGAACCGGGGUUACACAAGUAACCUCACGUUUUCCUUUCAUGGCUUUAACACAGCUUCUUGUAUUUCAUGGGGUUACAUCUAUAUAUAUCGGCAGUUUGAAACAUUGUACAGUAAUUGAAACACUUCAAAAUGCAUUCCAAAAAGUUGGAAAAGGAAAAUGCAGAGCGGAGAUAAGUAAGAGCUCCAGUAACUCUAAUGAAACCAAAUCCAGGCAUUUCUUCGCUUCUUCCAAUCUAAGAAUUAUCACCUCAAGUUUUUCUUUCCUGCCGUUUGUGGUUAAUCUGGCAGAGCGAAAGAGAUGGAUACCGCAGGGGAUAAAACACAGAAGCAGGUCGUUCCGAGGUCUUUAUUGCAAUCGCUUUUCCAUGAGCCUUCAGUCUGUAUUAACACUCCUUUCUCACCUCAGCUGCACAUAGACGUUGUUGUUUUUUAAAGCUUUUUCUUAUUUUUUUGAUGUUUUAAUAGUUCAAGUCAUAUAAUGCAGAUUGACCGAUGCAUCAAAAUGCAAAUAAAUGUGAAAUCAACUUAAAUUCCGCCAAAAUAGAACAUUUUUAUGAAAUUAAAAAGUAUUGUAAAAGAAACAAAACUCAUAGUGAGGAACACAAACCCCCUUCUUUAACAUUUGUUAAAACUUGUUUUCAAAUAUCCAGGUUGCUGUUAAGUUUGAACUUGAAAAUCUUCCCCCAUUUGAACCACUCCACAAACCACAGCAGCUACGGAUUAACACACCAGUGCCACUCUGUUUUAAAAAGUAUUUGACAUAACUCUUCUUGUUAUAGCCCCGUUAACUGCAACCACAUAGUUGUACACGGCUUAAUGCACCUCUUUGUCAUUCCUAUUUAUUGUGCAUCUACCUCUGUGUGUUUUCCUUUUUAACCGGCGUUAUUGUUGCAGUAGCUUCAAUUCUGUAAAGUGCUUUAAAUGUCAUCUUUCGAUUCCAGUGUUUUUUUUUUGUGUGUUCUUCAUGCCAUUGUUGUCGAGCUAUUUUAAACCUGUGGCAACACAGCCGCACUAAUCUCACAGGACCAAGCAUUCACGCAAAUUAAAUGCCACGUCUAUGUUUUAAUACCCAAGUGUCCAUAUAAUCUUCUAAUGUUGGCUUUUUGUGUGCUUUAGAGGGUGCAAACUGUACGCCCUGAGGCCCAGAGUUGCGCUAGUACAGUGUAGUCCAGUGAUGGUGUAGUUAAUGUAGCUAAUCAAUUAAAAAUGUUUUGGUAUUACCCUGAAAAGGAAAUUAAGCCUUCCCUCUAUCCAUUGAUCAGAACAUUUUCAGUGUAAUGAAUGUGUCGGUGAACCUAUUUUCCUACAUGGUAACAUGUUUAUGUGCCUGCAUGAGCCCACUGUCCUUUUGAUCCUUUUUCAUUUAGGAUGUGGCUUUGCUCCCAACUCCCAACUUCAUGUCUCGGUUGUAGAUCUCAUAUUUUUAAGCCCCAUUGUCUUCAGCACUCCCACUUUAAGAAGUAUAUCAAAAACGUUUGCCAGCAAUAGAGACUGUAUGGUGACGGCUAUAAUGGCGUCUUAUAUAAAUGGAAAAUGUCUAGAAUUAUUGCUGUAACCCUGUUGUAAAUGGUGUUUUUGUCACACUACCACAUCUUAUGUCAUUAAAAUGUCAAAACAAA